AAGUGAAAUUGCAGUUGUUUUUGUCCGAUUGAAAGCGAGUUUCCCUCCUCUCCGAUCUGUUGUCGUUUAAUGCGGGCUGAAAUGGCGACUUUUAUUUCGGUCCCGUUGAAAAAGUCAUCUGAAGUCGAUCUUGUUAAACCACUUUCAAAAUUUGUCACGGCUACAUACCCAGCUGGUGAGGAUCAAGUUGAAUAUCUUCGGUCUGUAGAGGAGUUGAACAAGCUCCGCAAGAGUGCUCUGGGGAGGCCGCUUGACAAACACGAGAGCUCGCUGGAGAUCCUCCUGAGGUACUAUGACCAGCUGUGUGCCGUGGAGCCCAAGUUCCCCUUCUCUGAAAACCAGCUGUGUUUAACCUUCACAUGGAAAGAUGCCUUUGAUAAAGGAUCACUGUUCGGAGGGUCGGUUAAGCUGGCUUUGGCCAGUCUUGGCUAUGAGAAGACGUGUGUGUUGUUUAAUGGAGCCGCGCUAGCUAGUCAGAUCGCUUCAGAACAGAACCUGGACAGCGACGAAGGAUUGAAGGCUGCCGCAAAAUACUACCAGCUGGCCAGUGGAGCGUUUGGCCACAUCAAGGACACAGUGCUGUCGGCCCUGAACAGGGAGCCCACCAUGGACAUCUCCCCUGAGACUGUAGGAACCCUGAGCCUCAUCAUGCUAGCCCAGGCUCAGGAGGUCUUCUUCCUGAAAGCCACGUCAGAUAAGAUGAAGGACGCCAUUAUUGCUAAACUGGCCAAUCAGGCGGCAGAUUUCUAUGGAGAUGCCUUCAAGCAGUGCCAGUACAAAGAGAAUCUCCCUAAGUAUUUUUAUUUUCAGGAGGUACUGCCAGUGCUGGCUGCCAAGCACUGCAUCAUGCAGGCCAACGCUGAGCUGCACCAGAGCAUCCUGGCCAAGCAGAAGAAGCGCUUCGGAGAGGAAAUCGCACGUCUGCAGCACGCGGCAGAGCUGGUGAAGACGGUGGCGUCACGCUACGACGAGUACGUGAGCGUCAAGGACCUGAGUGACAAGAUCAACCGCGCCCUGACCGCCGCCAAGAAAGACAACGACUUCAUCUACCACGACCGUGUCCCCGAGGUCAAAGACCUGGAGCACAUCGGCAAGGCUGCGCUGGUCAAGUCCACCGCCAUCGCCCCCCCGCUCAGCCAGAAGUUCACCGACCUGUUUGAGAAGAUGGUUCCCAUGGCGGUGCAGCAGUCUAUGAGUAUUUAUAGCCAGAGGAAGGCUGAGACAGUCAACAGACUGGUGGGCACCAUGAGAGAGGCCACCAACCUCUGCAAUGGUGUGCUGGCGUCUCUAAACCUGCCGGCGGCUCUGGAGGACCUGUCCGGUGAUUCGGUCCCACAAUCCAUCCUGGAGAAGGCUCGCGCCAUCGUGCAGCAAGGGGGGCUGCAGAGCAUAGAGCAGCUGAUCAGAGAUCUGCCUGAACUGCUGACACGCAACCGGGAAAUACUGGAUGAGUCUCUGAAGAUGCUGGACAAUGAGGAGACCACCGACAGCGAGCUGAGGACCAAGUUCAACCAACGUUGGAACAGAACUCCCUCCGGAGAUCUCUACAAGCCCCUGAGAGCAGAGGGGGGGAACUUCCGCAGUGUGUUGGACAAGGCUGUGCAGGCCGACCAGGUGGUGAGGGAGCGUUACAACACACACUGCGAGAUGAUCGCUCUGCUGUGUAAACCUGAGGCUGAGCUUACUGCAGCCAUCCCCUCUGCCAACCCUGCCAAGACCCUGCAGGGCAGCGAGGUGGUGAACGUGCUGAGGUCUCAGCUCGCCCAGCUGGAUGAGGUCAAGAAGGAGAGGGAGGGACUGGAGGCCGAGAUCAAGGCGGUGACCUUUGACAUGACUUCCUGCUUCCUGUCGGCACUGGCACAGGACGGGGCCCUGAACGAGGAGCAGCUGUCACUCAGCCAGCUCGACCAAUCAUACGGAGCCUACAACCAGAGGGUGCAGGCCAGCCUGCGGAGCCAGGAGGAGCUGCUGGGACGCGUGCAGACGUCCCACCAGGAGUUCAGCAGUCUGAAACAGUCCAACUCCGAGGCUAACGACCGCGAGGAGGUGUUGAAGAAGCUGGCCUCCGCCCACGACAGCUACGUGGAGAUCAGCAACAACCUGCGCGAGGGCACCAAGUUCUAUAAUGACUUGACAGAGAUCCUACUCAAGUUCCAAAACAAGUGCAGUGACAUCGUCUUCGCUCGCAAAACAGAACGUGACGAGCUGCUCAAGGAGCUGCAGCAGAACAUUGCCAAGGAGCCAAGCGCCCCUUCCUUCAACGUCCCUGCCUACCAGAGUGCCCCCGCCCCCGCUCCCGCCGGCCCCACUGCUGCUCCCAGGACCGUCUUCGCCCAGCAGCAGCCUGAAGUCAAGCCCCAGCCCCCAGCCAGACCCCCUCCCCCCUCUUUCACACCCCAGGCUGCUGCACCCGGCAACCCCCCGCCCAACGUUCCCGUUCCUGGUAACCCCCCGCCCAUGGCCCCGCCCUCCCAGGCCCAGGGACCGCCCUACCCCACCUACCAAGGCUACCCAGGGUACUACCAGAUGGGUAUGGGCUAUAACCCUUUCGCUGGCUACAACCAGUACAACAUACCCUACAUGCCCUACCAGGCUGCACCAGGACAGGCGGGCUAUCCUGUACCUCCCCCCAACCAGCAGCAGCCCUACACCUACCCCCAGCAGCCUCCCCAACAGCAGCCCUACUACCCCCAGCAAUAAGCCCCGGCUCAUCUCUACCCCCUCCAGCUCCCGCUGGAACAGACUUGCUACCCCCAGCAAUAACUGUCAACUCCCUCCCUUCUCCUCCUCUCUCUCUCUCUCCCUCCCCCCCUGCAUCCCCCUCUCAUCCCUCGCACCUCUCCUCCUCCCUGCAUCCCUCUCUUCUCUCGUCCUUCUCCUCCUAUCCUGCUGAUGGCAACCAAACUGUGGGAGGGGAGGAACUGCGUCUGGGCAGCACUGCACUUCUUCUUAACACUCCUCCUCCUCCUCCCUCCUGUUCUCAAACUUUGGUUCUCUUAACCUCUCUGUCUCACUUUAUCCCUUUACUCACUCUGCACUUGUUUUAAGAAAAGAAAUCUUUUUUUUUAAACCAGUCCUGUUUUUGUUUCAUUUUUGUCUCUUCCACUCUCGUCUUUGUGAGCUAACCCUGUUUUUCUGCAUACCGUUUUUGAAUAAUUUAGCUAAUUCUUUAUUUAAAUUGAGGCUUUUGCGCGUGUUCUAAUGUGACUCCUCGUUUGUGCUGGAUGGCUGUAGAACACUAGAGGAGUCGCCCCGUGGCCAGGAGAUGGCACGUCCCCUUGCCGCUGUGGCACGUGUCAUUUGGGAAUGGGGGGGUGGAGGGAGGGGGGGGGGGGGGGGUGGUCACGGAAGGGAGAGCAUGUCCAUAUCAUCGUUUAAAUUCCCCCAAGCGCCCCACUACUAUAUCUCCUAUAUCUUAUUUUUGUAAUGAAUACUGAUGCAUCACUGAGGUGUAAGCCAAUAGAAACGCUCGGUAGGUUUUCUAAUGUAGACAGAGACCACUGAGGGGGACGCCCUGUCUCUCUCUGUCUCUCUCUCUCAACCAGGGAAUGUUGGUAUAUUUCUGUUUUACAAUCAGAGGCUGUACAUGGCUGUAGAUGUGGGAGACCAGGUUAUAUUAUAUAUGAAUAUAAAUGACUCUGUAUGUGGUUAACCAAACACUGUGUGCUCUUUGUGUUUCUUUGGUUCUAAUGUGAUUAAAACACCUCCGUAUGUUA